UUCUCUCGCAUCUUCCUCCAAAUAUUGAUUUCUCAAUUUUUUCAAAAUUCAAACUCUUUCAGGCAAAGAAAUACAAACAUUUUUAUUUUCUGAAUUCCAUCACGUUUCGGUACGUGUCCGUUAUUCGACACGGAAGCCCAAAGCGUACGCUUUGACAUGUUAAUUCCAUGAUUUAUUGUGAUAGUAAAAAAAUGUGGUUCUUCAAUCAGUUGAGGAAACAAACUCGAACACAUGAAUUCUUUUGAAAACUCUUCGAUUGUACCACAUUAGUUAUAUACUGCGGCAGCGUCUCUACAAGUUUCGCUGAUUCUAAUUCAGCGAAAUUUUUCACUAAUUCAGAUUUAUAAAACACUUUCAUUCCAGUGAAAAUGGAUUUCAAAUAAUUAUUUACAUAUUCAUGCGCUUAGAGUCUGAAUAUUAAUAAAAUUCAUCAUUCAUCAUUACAACUAUUAAAACAACAUAAAUAAAAAUAAUAUAAUCAUUGUCAGUAAUCAUUUUUCAUUUAUUAGGCAGAAACAGAAAGUAAAAUAAUCGCAUUCACUCACCGCUCAAGUAAAAGAGAAGAGAAAAAGUAUGUCAGUGACAAUAAUAUUUUAUCAUAUUUCAUUCAGUAUAUCUAUUGACCAUGAAGAGUCUUUUCAGCAAAGGCAUCAAACAAAAAGAAAAACUAAAUUUACUCAUAGAGAACGCGCAAUGUCUGAUUCAGUUGGCGCUAUUUUGGAGCAGCUCGUUGACAGAGUGGAAGUGGAAUUGAAAGAAAUUCAAUGUGGUGAGAACAACGUUAUGCCAGAAAGUACGUCUUCAGUCAGUCGAGCUUCUGGAUUGGAAGAUGUUUUUAGUUGUCGAAUUUGUUACGAAUCACAUCGAAAUGUGCAAAUUGUUUUCCCCUGCAAAUGUAAGGUAAAUAAAGUGUAAAACUGUGUCUUGAAGAAUAUAAUUUAUUCUCGACGCUUAGUUGAAAAGUAACUAGAAUUCCAUUCUAUCGACACACAACCUUUUAUAAUGAAAUAUUGCUUCCAUUGUUUCGUUCAUCUCACAGCAAAUUUUUUAAAUUAUAUACCUAUCUCUGCAAUCGACGAUCAAAUUAAAGGAA